AUGGAGUUAGAGCACCUGAAGAGGUUGCGUCAGGCCAACCAAGACCUUCUGCAAAGGCUGAGAGUGAAGCAGGAGGAGAUCAGAGAAAGAAUUCCCAGCAAGCCCCUCUUUCCAGCAUCUCUUCAUAACAGAACAGCUACUGAAAGAUCUGCCCCCUUGCCCAAGAGAGGGAAGGAAAAUCAGGUGGAUGCUGUGAAGUCUGCAGCUGACCCUGCAACGUCGGUGUCUGUGGAAUCUGGAGCUUAUGCAGCCAGAGCAGCCCUCUGUUCGUAUCUUAAACACAGCGGCAGUGACAGGGUGGUACAGCAACAAGUGAAGAAGCAGGAAGCAGUAGGCUUGGAUUCCAGCUUUCCUGGGAAAGAGAAGAAUGUUAUGCCAGUGACUGCAGUCAUUACGUGUGGCAGGGAAACCUCUGGAGUGGAUAGGGAUGGCCAUGUUCAAGGAAGUCCAGAGAAAGAAUCCUCCCUUCUGGGCCAUGGAGAGAACAGAAACCAGUCUGCUCUGCUACGCGGUUUCCAUGAGAAAAAACAGCUUAAGGGUCAUUUGGACCCAUCACUGAGCGGAACACAAAGCAAAGAGAGCAGCAAGCAGCAUGUGGUCGUUAGAGAGCCCGUAGUCCGUAAAUCAAUCUUGCUGACAUCUCAGUCCAAGAAGAAAGCUGGUCAUGUGACUUUUCAGUCUGACCCUGAAGAAUAUACCGUACCUGCGAGCAGUUGGUCCGUGCGUCCUUUCCUGGGCUAUGACUGGAUUGCAGGGCUUCUAGACACAAGCCCUUCGGUAGCAGAAAAAUCUGAUCGAUACUUUGCUGAGCUGCAGGAGUUCCGACAGGCCAACAAAGAAGCGUGUGUUCAUGAGCAGCACUUGGAGCCCAAGGCUCUGGAUUACGUAAUUCCUGAACAAGAACCAGAUUUGAUAGCCAGUUCCCAUAAGUGUGUUUACUGUUACCGAUUAAACCAGCGCCUCUUCACUGUCCCCGUGGAUGCAGAAUCUGCCUGCACCAUCUGUAAGGUCCCACGUGCUCACCGGCCCCCAAAGGUACCGGAAGAGCCAGCCUGUGUCAGGGUCAGCAUUCCCAGAUCUACCCUUAUGCCUGCCUACAAAUACAAAGCCCAUCGCAGGAAGAGCUUUGAACCAGCAGACAGUCUGGCAUUGCCCUCGCAUUGCCUGGCUGGCUUGAAAAAUAUCAUCCCUUCCGGUGACCCCACUCUCAGCAGUUUGGGUCUGCGAGCUUCACUGGAAGAAAAGAAAAGUCACUUUGGCAUACUUUGAUUAAUAUCCUCUUCAUUUGGAUUCCAGAACCUGGUAUUCAGAGUGUCAGGAGGAACCAGAACUGACCAACUUCUGAACCUGACCCACUUGACACACUUCAGAUUCCGCAGCGCUUCCCCACAGAGGGAGCAGAACAAACCUGGAUGCUACAGCACAGCUCCAGACUUCAGUACGACUGCCUCAACUCUGUGA